ACUGUUUGAGAGUUGCUCAAGACUAAAAAAUCUAGCGUUUGUUUGUUGAUCUCCUGUAUUGAAAACAGAUAGACCCAUCUUCAAUUUGAUCGAUUAUUAACGUUUACAAAUACCUUAAGUUGUAUUACAAAAGUACUUUGAAAUGUUUUGGCAAAGUUUAGAGGUAAUUUUUGAGAUAUUUUGUAGUGACUUUGGCAAAUUGGAAGCUGUUGUUUUCUGGAUCGAAGGCGCCAAAUAAAUGGACAAUUUGUAUAUAUAUGGACGGAAUUAAUCGAACAAAAGGACCAUUUGUGAUGUUUAUGGGACAUAUUGGAGUGCCAACAAAAGAAUCUCGUCAAAGAAAAAACGUCAGAAAGCAAAUUCAGUUGAUGUGGAGCAGAAGACAAGAAAGAAGAAGGAGAGUGGCACUUCAUCCCCCUCUCCAAUUCCAUCUGACCGUUCUGAACAGAAUGGCUUCGCCACCUCUGACCCCUCACCCUCUGACCAACUCUCCUCCCUCCAUCCACCUCCCUCUCCUGUUAAAUGUUCCUCUCAGCCUUGCCCUCCUGCUAAACAGCCCUCUGUACCCCGGUCACCUGCCAAACACCCUUCCCCAGUGAAAUCCUCUCCAGUGGUGUCCCAUCCUAGUUCUCCCUCUCCUACCAACCCUCUGGACUGUCAUGGAGACACCAGCCAGGAGGUCACAACAGUCAGACCUCUGUCUCUUCAGGAACACUCUAGUCCAAGACCCCAGAGGCCAGUCUCAGCCACCAGAAGCAUGACUCUUCCCAGGGCCAGUUCAGCCACCAGAAGCAUGACUCUUCCCAGGACCAGCUCAGCCACCAGAAGCAUGACUCUUCCCAGGACCAGCUCAGCCACCAGAAGCAUGACUCUUUCCAGGUCCAGUUCAGCCACCAGAAGCAUGACUCUUCCCAGGGCCAGUUCAGCCACCAGCAGCAUGACUCUUCCCAGGGCCAGCUCAGCCACCAGAGGGCCAGAAGAGACCCAGGGGGCCAGAGGAGAACGGGGGGCACUGGUCAACAUGGAACUUCUUGGGUUGCCUAACAUUGGCAACACUUGCUUCCUUAACGCCACCCUGCAGUGCCUCCUGGUCCUGCCGUCCUUCUCAAAGGAAAUCCUGCACCAGGAACAACUCUGGAGCUCCUCCCCCUUCUCCAACCUGCUCAGGUGUCUGUCUGAUGUGCACCGUUUGAGUCUACCUGACAGUGUGGCAAACCAGGCCUCAAAAGCAGACCUCAUGUGGAAGGUCAAGUACUCCUUGUCGGGAUACGAUUUGAAGUAUCUGGGGGACACGCAACAGGACGCACACGAGUUACUAGUGAACAUGCUGUGCCAGCUGAAGGAGGAGGGCAUGAUACUGAAGACACUCGGGGUGAACUAUUCCUGCCCUGUUUCUCAGCUGGAGUUCCAGCUUGUUUCGGUGCGCACAUGUACCAGCUGUGGGCGCGAGUCGUCCACCAGAGAGGACUACAACCACCUCUCAUUGGACUUCAGCCCUGAGCGCACCUUGCUGAGCAGCCUAGCACUCACUUUCAAAGGUGAAAAGGUUGAAUUCACAUGUGAGGGUUGUAAAGGUCUCCACGCCUUAAAGGUGGAGCAGUUCCACACACUGCCUCUUGUGCUGGUUCUGCAUCUGAAGAGGUUUGGAGGACCUGGGGGGUUGGAGAAGCUGGAGGCUCCUCUUUUGUUUCCUUCGGAGUUGAGGCUCUCCACCCUCUGUGGGGACAUGGUGCCACACCUGCACAGUGCCAGCCCACAGGCACUCACCAACCAGGCCCCCAGCAUCCAGGGGUCCAUCCCCCAGGCCCUCGCCAGCCAAGUCUCCAGUCCUCCUGGAGAGGCCAAAGACAGCACCCUCUGCUUUACAGGUAAGUCAUGGCACCGUAACACUAUUCUUGCUCCAACACCACACAAACCACCCACUCCCAAAACGGUCCUGCUGACAGAGAAGCUGGAAGCUGCAAUUUAAAAUGUUUCUCAGACAUCUUUAGUGAUGUUUCUCAGA